AAGGGAGAAUUUACCUGCUGCCUGUGAUCGUCGUAGUUUAUGUUAUUUUUGUGUGUAGUUAUCUUACUGUAUAGUAAUUCAAGUUUACGAACAAACAAAUUAUUUGUUAGUGAUAUUAUACAAACCUCUGCAGUUUCAUUCUACGCGAAUAUUAGGCUAUUUGAUUGUGAUAGUGGAAUAUUUUGCAACGUAUUGAUUGUUUAUUAUGAAACGGUUCUUGAUUAAACACGAACUUGUUAACAUUGACAAUUAUUCAUUAGUGGACGAAAAACCAAAUAAAAUAAAGUUGGAAUACAUUGAUGAUAACAAUUCAAGAAGUACAGCUAUUUACUCUGAAAAGUAUUCUAAAAUCAAACAAGAGUUAGGUAAUUUUUACGAAUAUCAUCCAAUACAAGAAUUCGAUAAUGUUAAUUUAGAAGAAACUAUUCACAUUGAUAAAAAGUUAAAGAAUGUUGACCAAAGCACAUGUGGCAUUCCUAUUAACUCUAAUGAAAAAUAUUCUGAAAUUAAACAAGAAUUAGAUCGCUCUUACGAAAAUUUUUCUAUACACAAUGUUGGCAAUGCUAUUUCCGAAGAUUUGCUCUCAAAAUUAAGUAAUGUAAGAAUUGUUUUAGAAUGUUUGUCAAUAGUGCAAAUUUUGGAAUUUACUAAAUAAUCUGAAACAGAUUCGGAACAUACCAGGUUGAACGUGGAUGCUUUAAAAUAUGUGUGCAGGCACUUUUGCUCAAAAUGUGACAAAACUGUUGACACCAAAAAUAUACGGCAUAUAAUCAAUCGCCCAGAAUGUGGCUGUAAACCAACUUUAGCAUAUCAGUGUAUGAGAUGCGAUAAUCGCUUGAUUAGCUAUGUAGGUAUACAGAGACACGUCAAUAGGAAGGGCCUUUGUAAAUCUCGGAAAAGAUUUUUGUAUCUGGAAGGAUUCAAUGAUGAUGAGUGGGAAAAACUAAACUGUCCAAAGUGUAAUGUAUCAUUAGAAAACAUCGCUCCAUUUACUAAACAUGUUAAUGAUUGUGCAGAGGUUCCAAAAUUUUGGUGCUCACUUUGUGACUAUGGUGGAAAGCGAAUUCAACCUUAACGAAGCCAUUUAAAAUUACAUGCCAACGCGUUAAACAUACAAUCGGAAAGAGGUACCUGUGUUGAAGAAAUGAUGCAAAACAAGAAAAAAUUUACUCGAAGUCAGCCAUUUGCUGUUGUUACACAUGCAAUAAAAUAUCAGUAAAAAGGGGAUUUAAAAUGCCAUCCAGUAUUUGCAACAACUGUGGAACUCCGUAUACUUACCGAUGUCCAAUAUGUGAUAAAGAAUAUUUAAUGCAGGAAAAUGUAAAACGUCACAUCCAAAUUUGCAAGACUUAUAAAGAUUACCGAUGCUCCAUUUGCAGAAAGAAAUUCACAACCAUCAGCGGAUUGAAGUUGCAUAUGUCUAAUUGUGGAAAAACGCCGUAAAUAAAUUGCAAGUUUUGCCCAUAUAAAACCUGCCGUAGCGACUCACUGCGGAAGCACUUGAUAAGGCAUUUUAAAAAUGAUCCCAGUAUUGUUGAUGAGACUCUAGUCGAAGGUACACACAACGCAGGUCCGCUUUACGAUUUAUUCUGCGAGAAAUGCAGUGGACCCGAAGAAAGUGGCGAAUAUAAAAACGACUAUUAUUAUUGUUUAAAAUGCAAGACUAAAUUAAGGCUGCAUUGUCAAAAAUGCAACCUAAUGUACAACGGCCGUAGAAAUAUCACGGCUCAUCAUAUGGCAUCUCACUGUGGGUUGAACAUCGGUCGUCAAAAAUGCCCCAAGUGUGACCGACAAUUCCAAAAUUUAAACUUGUACUGU